CGAAAUACUAAGGAGCAAAAAAUAAUAAAAUAUUCACACCUCACUUCACUUGGACGGUUGUUUCAUAAAUGUAUUUAGUUGGGCUCUUCUCUAUUACAAUUGAAAUAAAAUCUCAGACCACCAGCCCAAUAAGAAAGCAACCCUUUUACUCAAACCCUAAUACAUAAAUUUCCCACCCUUCUUCAAUCGCUCAUUCCCAGUCGCCUCCCUCUGCGUUCUUCUCCUUCUUCCGCCUUCACCCGAAAAGAAGAAAAUGGUUCUCCCGAACGAUACCGAUUUGUUGCACCCUUCGCCGGAGGCGGAGAAGAGGAAGCACAAGCUCAAGCGCCUCGUCCAGUCUCCCAACUCGUUUUUCAUGGAUGUGAAGUGUCAAGGCUGCUUCAGCAUAACCACUGUGUUUAGCCACUCUCACACAGUGGUGGUGUGUGGGAACUGCCAGAUGGUGUUGUGCCAACCGACCGGCGGCCGUGCUAGGCUCAGCGAGGGCUGUGCUUUCAGGAGAAAGGGGGAUUGACUGACCAGUUGAGAGUUGCAAUGAGGUUAAUUGUAUUGUUUUGUCUGCAGUUUUCAUCAGUAUUGUGUCUGAUAUUUAAUACUAUGUAGUUUUGUCCUAAGAACUCAUCCAUGUCUCAGAUUUACUUGCUGUGUUUGGGUCAUGUUUUUUGGGUUACUUAUUUAUACAUUAUUGAAUUUGAGUUUAAGUUUGAGUUGAUGCACAUUUUGAGUCCCUUUUUGUAAUUUUCUACUCCGUGAUAAUAUACAUCGUACCACUCUAGGACGAUUUGGAUUGGUAGAGAGCUUGGUUCAUGGGU